CCUGCGGAGCUGGUGGUGGAGGCGCGUGGCAGAGGUGUGCGAGAGUGGGAGCUCCAGGAUGGCAAAACAUAAGAGAAAAGGUCUCGAAGGGACAGGAAAGGAGAGUAAAAAGCAGAAGAUAACACCGGCAGAGGAGACGCCGAGGGCAUCUGAAGCUAGGCCAGGCAAGGAGGUGGCCAGCCCCACGGUGCAGGAGCCCAUCCCCGAGUUGUCCCCAGAGGAGAGGAGGGUCUUGGAAAGGAAACUGAAGAAGGAACGGAAGAAGGAAGAGAAGAAACGGCUGAGGGAGGCGGGCAUUGCCGCAGCACAGAUUGCCAGGGUUCAGACCCUGCCAGCCAAGCCCUCAGCUGCUGUUCUGGCCCUGGAGUACCUCCAAGGGUGGGCUCAGAAGCAGGAGAGCUGGAGAUUCCAGAAGACGAGGCAGACGUGGCUCUUGCUCCACAUGUACGACGAGGACAAGGUCCCCGAUGAGCACUUUUCUACCCUGCUGGACUACCUCGAGGGGCUGAAGGGCAGCGCCCGAGAGCUGACAGUCCAGAAGGCCGAGGCCCUGAUGCAGAAGCUAGAUGAGGCUGACCCCGAGGCCAGAGACAGGUCACUGGGGAAGAUGCAGCGCCUCCGGCAGGUUCUACAACUACUCUCCUAAUGGGAAGAGGUGGCCUUGGGCCCUGAGGACUCACUGGCUGCCUCCUCCCAGAGCUGUGGGAGCAGCAAGUUUUGAGUCCUGAGAAGAACCCUUCCUCCCCCUCCUCAUAAGCUGUAACAGUUUCUGGUGCCUUGGGAGUUGAACAUGGUCUCCCUGAAACAGCUCUGAGUGCCACUCCCACACGAGUGGCCCUAAAGUGGCCAUGGACAGAGGCUACUUUUUCUACCAAGGAUAAGAGACUGGCCUAAGCUGGCUUUCCCCAUUUCCCCACUAGCUGGGAUUCCCUGCUCUCUCUCCCCCACCCCCCAACUCUCUUUCGGGGGGGGGGGGGCUCCUACAUAUUCAAUCUGGGGGCUAUUGAGUGCAGCCUGGACACACCUCAGCCGUCUGUAGGGAGACCCUGUUGAGGGCUUGUAUUGAGACCCCUGGGCCUGUGUGGCUGCCCCUGAGCUGUGAGUGGCUGCUGCUCCAUGAUUCCUACACGUUUCAACAACCCUAUGCUGCCCUUAGUGUCAGCGCCAGGCUCAGUUUCUUCUCAUUGCACCUCUCAUCCAGCGUGUUGGAAACAGAAGGACUAAGAGUUUGUAUCUGGACGGAUGUCACCAUCAGAACACUGCCCCACUUCCAUUGGGUGACUUUUCCUUCAGACCAUAAAGAAUCGCCUAUAGAUGCCACAUAGGGAGGGCGCUGACAGGCUGGAGAGGAUUUGCUACAAGUCCAGCUCAUUGGGCAGUGAGGUCGCUGGGGUCUGCAGAUGGGAGCCAUGGAGUGUCCGCCUUCCGCCUCCGCUGGUCUCCAGCCCACAGCUGCCUGAAGUCCUCAUCCACAGCCCCUCUGCGUCACAGUCACUUUUACACACCCUGGGUGUAGAGGUAUAUAAAGGAGGGUUACAGAUAAAUAUAGACUGUAUCCCGAGAAAUUUAUUUUAAAACGAUUCUGAAUACAAAUAAUUUUCCAUUUAUUAAAGAUGAAAGCUAGUUUGCGUA